AGAUCUUUUCUUUUUUUUAAAAAAUAUUUACUUUCGAUUUUGGCUUGCAUCAUAAUGGGUAGCGUUCCAAAAGAAUCAACAUUACGAGAUCAACAGAUCGAGUCGAUUGUGACAAUGCUUAACCUUAAUAAUAAGCAAGAAGUUAUACCAGCUUCAUCAGAAAAUUCGUUAGUUCCUUCGGCAAACAAUGAACCCGUAUGGAAGGUUUUGAUAUUUGACGAUUUUGGUCGAGAUAUCAUUUCUUCCGUCCUUAAAGUUAACGAUUUACGCGAAAAUGGUGUAACGGUUCAUAUGUUGUUAAGAAGUGAAAGACAACCUAUUUCUGAUGUUCCGGCAAUUUAUUUUGUUGAGCCCACAACGGAAAAUGUACAAAGGAUUAGCGAGGAUUUGGCCAAAAAUCUUUACGAAUCAUAUUAUAUUAAUUUUCUGACAGCUAUUUCACGACCUUUACUCGAAGAAUUGGCAGCUGCUACAAUACAAAAUAACACAUCAAAUUCAAUAUCACAAGUCUAUGAUCAAUACUUGAAUUUUAUUGUUUCCGAACCGAAUCUUUUUUCACUCAAUCAGCCCAAUAUUUAUUAUUUAUUAAAUGAUCCAACCACUGCAGAAACAGCUAUUGAGCGAGCAAUUGACCGCACGGUCAGUUCUCUAUUCUCCGUAUUAGUCACAAUGGGAGUUAUACCAAUCAUCCGUUGCCCAAGAGGAAAUGCAGCUGAAAUGAUUGCACAAAAGCUUGAUAAUCGAUUACGAGAUCAUGCAUUAAAUUCGCGGAACAAUCUGUUUUUGGAGAACUCCAAGUCUUUAAAUUUUCAGAGACCUGUUUUGAUCAUCCUUGAUAGAAAUAUUGAUCUUGUACCAAUGUUGAGCCAUUCAUGGACUUAUCAAGCGUUGAUUCAUGAUGUCUUGGAUAUGCAUUUGAAUAGAAUUACUAUUGAAACAGAAGAAAUAGGACUAAUAUCAAAGAGAAGUUAUGAUUUAGACAACAAAGAUUUCUUUUGGGCAAAAAAUGCAUCAAAUCCAUUCCCGCAAGUAGCCGAAGAUAUUGAUGUGGAACUUAAUCGUUAUAAAAGUGAUGCUGCGGAAAUUACUAAACUUAGCGGAGUAAACUCAUUAGAUGACAUGGAUCAAGUUGAUUUUUCUCAUAAUACUCAGCAUUUGAAAUCAGCUAUUACAGCAUUACCAGAGCUUACUGCAAGAAAACAAACACUGGAUAUGCACAUGAAUAUUGCAACAUCUUUAUUAAAAGGGAUCAAAGAACGUCAACUUGAUACAUUCUUCCAAAUGGAGGAAUCUAUAACUAGACAAAAUAAAUCAGCUAUAUUAGAAGCAAUCAGGGACCCAGAAAAAAAACCAGAAGAUAAAUUAAGGUUUUUCAUAAUCUAUUAUUUAUCCGCUGAAGAAGUUCUUAAAGAUAUGGCUGAAUAUGAAGAUGCAUUACGCUCUGCCGGUUGUGAUUUGGGUGCAUUGAAUUAUGUUAAAAAAGUACGUGAAAUCACUAGGAUGACUAUGAUGACAACUAUGGCUCCUCAAAGCUCUGGUUUUGCUCAAUCUAGUCAACUUUUUCAAGGAUUUAGUUCUAUAGGAAAUAAGCUGAAAGAAGGUGGUCUUGGAGGUGGCUUCGAGAAUUUAAUAUCAGGUGUCAAAAAUUUGUUACCUACACGCAAAGAUUUAACCCUUACAAAAAUUGUAGAAUCUAUUAUGGAGCCAACUGCAAGUGGAACAAAUGAAACAGAAGAUUAUUUGUAUUUUGACCCAAAAAUGGCAAGAAGCUCUAGUACAAAUAAACAAAGUAAGAGUAAAAUUUCAUUUCAAGAAGGAAUUGUAUUUGUAGUUGGUGGCGGAAAUUACAUUGAAUAUCAAAAUUUACAGGAAUAUGCUCAGCGUCAAGCUAUUAAGAAAAGAAUUAUUUAUGGUUCUACAAAUAUUUUGAAUCCACAUGCAUUUUUACAAGAACUUGCAAAUCUUGGACUAUAAAUAAUUCAAUAAUAUACAUUAAUUCACUAAUAGAGGAAAGCAGAUUAAUUAUGGAUAAUAUAUUAAUAUUGAAUAAUGGUAUUUAGUAACUUAAUUAUGUAUUAUAAUUCAAAUCAAAAAUUAUAUAAUUUAUAUAUGCUGAUAGGAUUAGAGUACCAG